AGUUUUUUAUUUGAAAGAACAUUAUUGCAAAUCUUAAAAGUGAAUAUUGUACUAGAUCAAUAGUAAAAAGUUUUUUAUUUGAAAGAACAUUAUUACGAAUCUUACAUCCAAGACGUAGUGUAACAUGAAUUUAAUGUUCGUAGAAGUUACACUUCAGCAAAUACCAAUUAGCAAAACAACUAUUAAUAUUUCCCCACCCAACAGUUUAACUAUAAUGACUGCGUUCAUCAAAGUCAAAUGAUCAGUGAAUGCUCAGUUCUUCGCUGGAUCUAACAUUGUAACAUAUAGGAACCAGUCAUAUUAAGGAAUCUACUGACGAUCUUCUUUCUGCUGAACACACUCAAUGUCGUUUUCAAUGUCUAUAAUAAAAGGAGUCACAUUAGAAGAAGAAAUGAAGAAGAAUCCUCAAUUGAAACUAUCCGAUAUACAAUCACUGAGAGAGUGGUGCGAGAAACAACCGCACUUGCCAAAAAUUGAGGACAACUUUCUCGCUUUGUUUCUUCACAGCAAUUACUAUCAAAUGGAACCAACGAAAAACACAAUCGAGAAUUAUUAUACAACCAGGACACAUAUGUCAGAUAUUUUUUGCAAUCGAGAUCCUUUUCAGGAAAAAGGAUUACGACAAAUCUUCAAAUUCGCGGCUGCUUUUUCUCUGAAUGGAUUAACAAAGGAUGGCUAUAAGAUGAUAUUUGCAACAUUGCUGGACAGCGAUCUUUCUUUCUAUGACUACAAUAACUGCUUCAAAUAUGGCGUAAUGACAUCCGACAUACAUUUUCUGAUGGAGGGUACAAAUAAUGGUUACAUUUUCAUUUUUGACGUUAGCAAAUUAUCUUUCGGUCAUGUUACGCGAGUAAAUCCAUUGACAGUAAAGAAACAUCUGUACUACAUUCAAGAGGCAAUGCCGAUACGUUUAAAGGCAAUCCAUGUUUUAAACGCGACACCUGCUAUGGAAUUAUUCAUGAACAUGGCGAAACCUUUCUUGAAAAACGAGUUGAUAAAGAUAAUACAUUUUCACGUAUCAUUAGAGAGCAUUUCUGAAUAUAUCUCAGUAGAUGCGUUGCCAAACGAAAUAGGUGGAAAAGCAGGUUCUGUGCACAAACUAGCUGAAAUUCAAGUGAAAACAUUGGAAGACUACCGCGAGUGGUUUCUGCUAGAUGAAUCAACCAGACGCGUUGACGAAGCAUUAAGAAUCGGCAAGAGUAAAACAGCAAAUGAUUUGUUUGGUAUAGAGGGUAAUUUUAAAAAACUCGAUAUAGAUUAA